AUGCCGUCUUCGCCUUCCGGUCUCAAGCUCACCACGGGGGACCCCGCUCUCUGCGCCCUCGCAGGAUGUAAUAAGACCGCCGAAGUGCUUUGCAGGAGGUGCAUGAGCACGCCAGCUAUCGGUACUGCUGUCCCUCUUCUUGCAGAGAUCGCCUACUGCAGCGAGGGGCACCUCGAGCAAGAUGCGGCUCAGCACGAAGAGAUGUGCACUUGCCGACGCUGGCUGAGAUAUGUUGGCCGGCUCGGAGAGCUUCACUACCUCUUGUUCUCGAUCGACUGUAAGGAGAAGUCUUUUCAAGCGCUUCACUACGCCAAUUCCUCAAAGGACGGUACUGCGCUCGACAUCGUAUAUGGAGACAUGCAGCCUUGGGAACCGUUCUGCAGCUUCGAUGUCGACAAGGACGUGGAGCUUUGCGCGUUAUACAACAAACACUGUGAUUAUGCCAUGGCCCUUGGUGCCGGAUUGAUGGCCUACUUGAACAUGAACAACGAAAUGCGCGUCAAAGAGCGCCAUAGCCUGGUCGAUUCCCGAAAAAUCGUACGUAUUUGUUACGGGAGCGGCGAAGCGCAGAACAAUGAGAACAUGCGCCUUUCUGUGUUCUUUCUUGCGCCGCCUUUCUUCGCUCCGCGAGCGGACCCGUUCACUGAAGACGGAAUCAUCCUCGACCCCUCCGGCAUGCAGUUCUACUUCAAGGAGACAAUCGACACUGCCUUGGAAUAUCAAUCUAAAAAGGGUCGGCAUGCCGAGGACGACCAAUCGCGAUACCAUGAGCCGUUGGGUUGUGCCUUCAAACGACACAGGGAUCAGCUUCAGAAGGCAUCCGGACCCGUUCUCGACAUCCUUCUCAAUACAGAAGCGCGGAUCCGUGCUUCCUGGAAUAUCAUGUACAAUGAGCUACAUUUGUUCGGUGGUGCAGAGGGGAUCGACAACUCCGAUGACGGACAGUGGGAAGAGUUCAAGGAAAGAAUCAUCAGGCUCUUAAUGAAUGCGCAUCGCGGCAUUCGUACUGAAAUCGAUUUGAUCAACACGAUUGAUGGACUUCAACAAGACAAGAUACAUGAGAUGAAGCGCAAAUUGGUGGUUAGGGAGAACGGGGAAGGGUAUGAGAGGAUGGUGGCGCUCCUGGAUGACAUCGGCAUGUAG